AAGACAGAAAGCUCUUUGUUGGCAUGCUCAACAAGCAGCAGUCAGAAGAUGACGUGCGGCGCCUUUUCGAGUCCUUCGGCAGCAUCGAGGAAUGCACCAUCCUCAGAGGUCCCGACGGAAACAGCAAAGGCUGUGCGUUUGUAAAAUACUCUUCUCAUGCUGAAGCUCAGGCCGCCAUCAGUGCGCUCCACGGCAGCCAGACAAUGCCUGGUGCGUCAUCCAGUCUGGUGGUGAAGUUCGCCGACACGGAUAAGGAGCGCACCAUCCGCCGCAUGCAGCAGAUGGCCGGUCAGAUGGGCAUCUUCAACCCUAUGGCCCUGCAGUUUGGAGCCUACGGAGCCUACGCUCAGCCCCUCUCCACCACUGUGCAGGUGCAGCAGCAGGCAGCACUGAUGGCGUCUGUAGGUCAGCAAGGCUACCUCAGUCCGAUGGCGGCCUUUGCUGCUGCCCAGAUGCAGCACAUGGCGACCAUGAAUGGCAUCCCAGGAGGACCGAUGACCCCGACGUCAGGUGGCAGUACCCCUCCAGGCAUCAACGCCCCCACAGUGACCAGCAUCCCCUCCCCCAUUAGUGUAAAUGGUUUUACUGGCAUGCCGCCCCCCCAGGCAAACGGACAGCCUCCCACAGAGGCUGUCUUCACCAACGGGAUACACCAUUACCCUGUGUUGCAGGAGUUGGUUUUUAGGGAGGACUCGGAGAAAAACGGAUUGGGCGUGGCUCCGCGGAGUUGUUUUGGGGUUCAGGGUGGCUGCUUCCUGUCCUCUCUCUCUGAAGCUCAAAGUCCCACUGCAGCUGAUCCUCUCCAGCAGGCUUACACAGGAGUCCAGCAAUAUGCAG